AUGGGGGGAGGUGAUGGAGCUGUUGCGCGGGGAGGGCGAGGCGAAAGAAGCAAAAGCAGAAAGCACGUGGAAAGACGGCGCUCGAGGGGAAACGGCACGGGGUGGAUCAUACGCUCGACGAGCAAUUCCAUGGUUACAGGAAGGUCAAAGGAAUUUUGCCUUCGUGGCUCGAGAAUUUGGUGGCCGACGCGAUGUAUCGUUUUUCCUUUUCUGAAUCCUUCCGCGUAGGGAGAUGCAAUAUUUCCGUGGAAUUUUCGAAACGAGAUUUGCUUUGCGUACGCGUGUUUGGUUGGCGGAUUAAUCCAUCGUAGGUGGCCUCUGUCCGGGCUGUUUCAAGGCAGAUUUCGUUGUUCCGUACGAUUUGAGCUGUGGCUUUUAACGUUAAUAAUAUUGAGGGUGAAUGGUGAUUUAAUGGCCAACAAAGGGUGUGUAACUAUUGUUACGAAUUUGUGGGGACAAAAGGCGUCUUUGAGAGAGAUUCGAAAAUUAUAUAAAGUAAAACUUAUUCAAUUAUGAUAUUUGCAUAGGGUGUUCAUCGUAAUAGUUUGAUUUUUAAAUCUUAAUUUU